GUUUCCUUUCGUGUCCGCGCAUCCUUAGUUCACUAAAUUCUGCCGCAUGCUUUUCUCACUACCACCGAAGCUCACACAUCACAUACCCAUACACAGGCACGGAAAAAAGUUAAAAUCGGAAAGGUUCCUGUGAAAAGCAGCAGUUAAACUCAUCAGAAGUUGUAGUUUUUUCCAGGAAGCAACGGUGCUUUUUUCCCUUAGUUUCCGAAACAUUUUACCUAAUUUGCAUAAACUACAAAAAAAACUGGAAAAAACUGGACUGGAAUCGAAGCUCGACUAUUGCCAAUCACCCAUAACGAUACAAGCAAAGUGCCAAAAUGUCGUUUAGCAUUUGAGUCUGCAGACGAAAAGGAAAAUAGCUUGACAUAAAAUUUACAGUUACGUGGGAUUUACAACCGUGGGCUGUAGCACACAGACAGGCCCACACAUACACACACAUACUUACAUCGGAUGAGUGCGGGAGUGGAGUCCUUGAAGCAUCUCGGCUUACGAACAACCCCCACAACAUUGGGUGCGUCGGUACUCGGCGCGACGUAAUGGAUGACGGCAAAAAAUAACCGUCAACAAAAAACAAACAAACACAAGUAUAGGAAGCCGACGAAGUCCGUGUGUGUUUUGGUGUAGAUUUACCGUUGCCCUUUCAUCUCUUGUGCGAGUGUGUGUGUGGGCGCCACAAUAAAAGGAGGCGCAAAGGAUAUGAGGACAACGUUGUCUGCCGCAUUUGCAAGUAAGGAAUUACCGUCCGUCCACAUCGGUUAAGACUAGAAUACCACUAUGUUUGGAUCCAAGCUGCGCUCCUGGAUGGAGACGCAUAUUGUGCGUCCGCGCAAGAAGGGCAGUAAACACAAGCAAGGAACUGUGGACGCAGGCAUUUCUUGCGCGGGGAAGAAGGCGGGCACCUUACCAACACAGGGCAGCAAUCUAACUAGCCCGGUCCUGACCAGUAGCGGAAGCCACAGCAUCGCCAGUCCGGUGCGGAGGCGCGAGGUCUCCCCCAUCCAGUGUCACCCUCCCAGUCGACGAUAUGGCUGGCAAUCCCCAGAUGAAGAUUCCUACGUCAUAGCCUCGCCCAAGUCGGAUAAUUUGCUUUACGCUCCGCAAUGCUAUCAGCCGCAUCAACCGCUCCAGCAGGCGUCGCACCACUUAAGCGUGCCCAAUAGCAAGGAAACCUCCUAUGCGGAGAAAUCGCCCACCAGAGUAAACUGCUCUUCGUCCUCCAUAUCGUCGUUGUCCUGGUCAACGGGAUCCAAGGAGCCCUCUUCUGGCAAACAAGCCACUUUUAGAGAGCAGCCCUUAAAUGGGGAAUACCACAUCCCACCUGAGGAGGAGGUGGAGUAUGAGGAAGUUGGCGCUUUGCUGCUUCGGCCUGCACCCCCCAUUGCAGAACAACAGCGCCCGCAGUCAGAAAACUUAAGUGCCGUGCGUCUAAUCUACGAGGAAGAGCCAAGGCAAAGCAAGAAUCAUGUUCGUUACGGUCGCCUGCUUCCCUCUAAGCUAGCACCGGUUCAGCUUGGCGAGUCCCUGGAUAAUUUGACAGCUACACCGCCUAUUCCACCCGCUUCACUUACCGGCUCGCGUAUGCGAACUCCACGAGGAAUUCAGCGCAAUAAUUUUAUGUCGGGACCUCGGCCCCAUAGCUUGCCCUCGCCAGAAAGCGCUUAUUCCACGGGCUACUCCACAGAUGGCACAUCGCCCUGCGCCGCCAGCAACUAUAAUCCACCUGAGUACUACAUUAACAUGCGCUCGGGAACCCACUAUUUCCCGAAGAGCGUCAACUCGCUGGCCGUCGAGGCCCAGCGUUACAAGUUCGGCCUAAACCGCAUAGAGGAGAUGUCGCCUAUGGAUCCGUUGCCCAAGAGCAACUUCGCAACUGCCACUCAUGGCCUGGAGUCGUCGCCUAGUCCGCUAGCUCUGCGGCAGCAGUCAAAGCUCUUUGAGUCUCCCUCGCCGAGACAGCGCUGUCGCAUAAGAACAAAUCCCUGGUACAACACGGGAGAGCUCUUGCCUACCUCCUCAGGCCCCACACGCAUGGAUCUGGAUGCGACCAGUACUACCUCCACGACCUCGUCGGGCAUUAAGUCAAGCAAUGAACUGGAAGUUCCGGUGGCCAAAACAAUAGCAAACAAAGCAGGAAAGCCAGUCCCUUAUGCAGCAACCCCCAACUGCAGAGCUACUCCUAGCCAGGCAGCCAAACAGGCUGAUAUGGACAUUGUUGGGGGAGGGCCUGGUGUUGCACCUGGAGCGGGAGUCGUUUACGAGUCCGAGGGCUCCUCGACUUCGACUGAAGUGGAAAAUAUGCAUGCCCCACAUACUAUUAAGCGGCGUCACUUGGAGCACGCCGAGACUACAACAACUUCAGCGCCCGUGGCAGCUGGUGGUGGAACUGGAGCUACCACCACAUCCUUCGUUCUUAGUGACGACGAGGCCACCCUUAAUGAAAUGAUUGGGAAGUUCGACGAGAGUUACAUUUACGAAAAGGAAACUGAUAUAUUAAGCAGUGAUUCAGACCUUACUGACUGCUGCGCUUCGGAGCUAGACACUGGACAGGAUGCGGGUGAUGAGUGUGAUACAGACGAGUUGUUGGACAUUGACUUUAUAGACACUUCAUCCAUGCAAGAGGUGGAACUGGACCGCAAGGAUCUGUCACGAAAUCUGGGCAACUGUCACUACUAUUCUAAUCACCCUAUCAGUCCGAUGCUCAAUCGAAAGGCAUCAGUCCGUUCCCGACGCAAGAGCGGCCAGGAGACAGGGGAAAGCUCUCAACAGCGCCGACGCAAGCGGUUCCUUAAAACACGUAAGAAGAGUUGUGAAAAUCGCGAAAAGACCUCUUCGUCACCCCUUCGUGAGCCACGAGGCACCCGAAGUGUGGGUGGCACCCCCGUCUGUUUGCGCCGCAAUCUACUGGGUCCAAGGGAGAGAAUAUACAAGACGUCUCCCCUGUCAAACCGCUCCAACUCGCUAAUCUUUGGAAGCAUGAAAAAAAAGUCCACACUCACCAUCGCAGAAAGCGAAAAAGCACUUCUUAAAGCAGACUUGGAGGCUGAUAUGAAAUACAAACAACUAAUUAUGGAAGCGGAGUCCUUGCUGGAAUCGAUGAAGAACAGCUUACAGAGCAUUCCCAGAGACACGCCUGUCGCCAGCCCAAGACGAGUGAAUCCCUUAGCUAACAAGCGCGUGGAAAUGCUUAAAAACAGUGAAGUGGACUCAAAAAAACAGACUCUGGUUCCGAACUCUCCUCCGCUUGAGCAUGAGUUAGCAGCAGCCAUUAAUAAGCGCAUAGAGAUGCUUAAGUUUGAGACAUCGGCUGCUUCUUCGCCACCAAACAGUCCUAAGCCUGCCCGAUGCAGUCCUCGCAAAACGCAUCUGACCAACUUUAUGAAUCAAAAUGCUCCACCAGAGUUGCCGCCACGCAAAAUAAAAGGUAACCCUCCCUCUGCUCCACUCUCGCCACAACUUCAGCUAAAUGGAAGGAGUAUUCAGGAGAGUCCAAAGACCAAGCGACGCACGAUGAUGGUGACUUCAACGACCACGACAACGGUGAUCAGCUUCAACGGCAGUGAUUCUGAGAUGGAGUGCAUAGCUGUAGAGGAUAUUGGCAAUCACAACUACUUGCCUCAGCCGCAAUCGAAUACGGUGGAUGGAAAAUAUGGAUCGAAUACGAAAAUGCAAAAUCCAUUGCAUGCCGAAUUAAAUAUUAAUAACAACUUUUACUGCCCACACAGCGAGCCCUUAAAGCGCAAGGUAUACAAGGGUAGCUCAUCGUUUGAGCGCAUAAAGAAAAACUUCGACUUCGAAUUGGAUUCGAACGGACGGUGCAAGUCUAAUGAGCGUUCGCAAAUUAAGCUUUUGGCCUCCGUGUCGGCCAAGAGCUCUAUGCAAGACGUGACCGUUGACGAGGCCAAGGGCCAUGCAAUAGGCGGUAGUAACCGCAAGCAGCAGCUCAUACUGAAUACCAUUGUCGAUUUAAAGCGCAGCUUGGAGCAUCAAAGCCAUCAACUGAGUGGAUUUAAUGGCGAAUAGAACUGAGUGAACUAAUAGGACUAAUAUCAUCAUCAUACAUAUUCACAAUGCAUCAUAUAGAAAGUAACUAGUUGGCUAAGAUAUUGAGUCCAAAAGAGUCCCUCAGACUAGACACUGAAACGAAGCGCAAUAACUUUAACUUAUAAGGGAAGACGAUUAUUUACAAAAAUACUAGAAUACUCAAGGGCCGUAAUAGACCAUAUGAACUGGUGCAGAAUCUUAUCACAAAAAGUAUUUAGCAUGUAGCGAAUUGUUUUUGACGGAACUUUUACAUUAUAAUCGUAAUCAUAACCCAGAAGUUUUCAAAGUAAUAUUUUCAGUUUUAAAAUGUAUUUUAGACACCAUAGAUUUUAGUUAAAGCAUAUCAAAAGAUUUGUAUACUAAGUAAUAUUCUGUUGAAAUUAAUCGUUUCUGUUAUUUACACCAAUUUUGUUUUGGACAUAUACAUUGUUUUCAUUAAAAACUCGAAACAUCUAUUUUGUGCGGUCUAUGUGCCCAAGCUGAAAGUGUGUUCAGAACACUAUUUCCGUGGCAUGUCCAUUAUACUAUCCUAACAACUCAUACUAUCCAAUCAUAGCUUGAAUACGUUGAUAUUAGUAACUAUACCAAACUACAUAAGUUAAUAACUGGUAGUAUUCCUUAGUUUUUAACGAGCGUGAGCGCGUGUGCGUUAAUGUGGAAAAUAUACUAACAUUUCAAUGCAAAUCCCAUUUGAACGUCGCCUACACUUAUA